CUUGUACUGCUACUCUCACCACAAUCACCUCAAACGUUCCUGUUCCUUCCACUUCCACUUCCACUCAACGUUCAACAAUGGCCGAGCCGACCUCCAAGCUCCCCCCUCCGAUCAACCCCAAGUCCGGCUUCUGCUCUGAAACGAAAACCUUCCACUCCCUCCGCCCCAUAGUCCCUCUCCCGCCUCUCUCCCAGCCCAUGUCCCUCGCCCACUACACCCUCUCCCUCCUCCAAUCGUCCUCCGCCAGUACUCCUCCAUCCUCCACCCCCGCCCUCAUCGACGCCUCCUCCGCCCGCCGCCUCUCCUACUCCCAGUUCCUCUCCCAGUUCCACUCCCUCACUCUCUCCCUCUCCCCCCUCCUCUCCAAAUCCCAAGUCGCUUACAUCCUCUCCCCUCCUUCCCUCCACGUCCUCCUCUACUUCUCCCUCCUCGCCUUAGGCGUCGUCGUCUCCCCCGCCAACCCCCUCAGCUCCCACGACGAGAUCGCCUACCAGCUCCGGCUCACCAACCCCGCCCUCGCCUUCGCCACCUCAGCCACCGCUCACAAGCUCCCCAAGGGCUUCAAAACCAUCCUCCUCGACUCCCCCGAGUUCUACUCCAUGAUCGAACCCGGCACCCGACCCGCACCACCCUGUAACCCCGUCGAGGUUAACCAGACCGACACGGCCGCCAUUCUGUACUCGUCCGGCACCACCGGCCGGGUCAAGGGCGUGGUUCUGUCUCACCGGAACUUCAUAGCCUUGAUCGCCGGGAUGCACGCGCUCCGGAUGGAACCCGACCCGGUGGUCCAUCCGGUGUCGAUGCUCACGCUGCCGCUGUUCCACGUGUUCGGGUUCUUCAUGCUGAUCCGGGCCGUUUCCACCGGCGAGACUCUGGUUCUGACGGAGCGGUUCGAAUUCGAAGGGAUGUUGAAGGCCGUGGAGAGGUUCAAGGUGACGCACAUGCCGGUGUCGCCGCCGCUGAUUGUGGCUCUGACCAAGUCCGAGCUGACUAAGAAAUACGACCUCAGCUCGCUCAGGCUUCUCGGCAGCGGCGGCGCUCCGCUCGGCAAAGAUGUAGCUGAGAGGUUCAUUCAGAAAUUUCCCAAUGUGGAAAUAGUGCAGGGAUAUGGUUUGACUGAAUCUGGAGGAGGGGCUACGAGAACGGCAGAUGCUGAAGAGGCAAAGCAGUAUGGUUCUGUAGGCCGCUUGGCUGAAAAUAUGGAAGCCAAGAUCGUUGACCCAGAAACUGGAGAGGCCUUGCCCCCUGGCCAGAGGGGCGAGCUGUGGUUGCGAGGUCCUACAAUAAUGAAAGGUUAUGUAGGAGAUGACAAGGCAACUGCUGAGACCUUGGAUAAAGACGGGUGGUUAAAGACUGGUGAUCUUUGUUAUUUUGACGACGAGGGGUUCUUGUACAUUGUGGACAGGUUAAAGGAAUUGAUAAAGUACAAGGCUUAUCAGGUACCCCCAGCUGAGUUGGAACAUAUACUUCAAUCACAUCCUGACAUUGUUGAUGUUGCUGUGAUUCCAUACCCUGAUGAAGAAGCAGGGCAGAUUCCCAUGGCCUAUGUUGUUAGAAAACCAGGAAGCAAUAUCACCGAGGCUAUAGUAAUGGAUUUUGUUGCAAAACAAGUAGCACCAUACAAGAAGAUUCGGCGUGUAUCAUUCAUCAACUCUAUUCCAAAAUCUCCAGCAGGGAAGAUUAUGAGAAGGGAGCUAGUUACCCUUGCGCUAUCUAGUGGCUCAUCUAAACUAUGAUUUUAUUAUUCAAACAAAGUAAGAGAGCUUGCCGAGCAUUUCAUUCAAUUUGGCAGAUUACCUUAUUCAUAUUCUUUAGCGCGUAGAUCACAGUAGGUGAGUUUCUGAUCAGAGUUCCACCACGUAUGCCUACUGUAAAAUCCAAACAUUGUUUGUGACUUUGUUUAACUGUAUAUCCAAACAUCUUUUGAAUGAGAGAGUUUGAAAUCCAUAAUGAAA